AACUACUACACCACGGAAAACCCGUCGAAGCUGGAGGGCAAGGACGUCAAGCAUGACAACGAGGGGUACUACGACGGUGUAUCCGUACAGUUCAGGGGCGAAAGCGACGACAACGAUAACAAGGACGAUAAGGACGUCGAGGCCGACGAGAACUCCAUCCACCAGGACAAGCGCUACAAGCCGUCCUAG